AGGCCAUCAAGCCCCCUGUCCAUCCCAAACUGAAACUGAAACUGAAAACUGAACGAUGACCUUGGUAUUAAUAUGUCUUAUUUUUCCCUUCCGUCUAGGACUGAUUAUUUGAGAGGAUAUUUGACGGAAGUUCAAAAACUGCGAUUAAAUCGUCUACGUUUAGAGUUUCGUUUCUUUCACCGAGUAGUGAAUUACUGGGAUUCUCUACCAGAACACGUAAUAUUAACACCUGUUGAUAUAUUCAAUUCGAGACUGGACCUGCACAGUGUUACAAGCACAAACAACCGAAAAAGGGGGAAUAAAGGGGUAAAUGCUUUGGAAGAGAAAGGGGAAAACGCAGCUAGCUGCAAGGGUUAAUAUCCGUCGACAGACCUCCUAUCCUUAUCACUGAAUAAGUGUAUAUUUCCUUCCAAAGCAGAUUGUGUCUAAUCUUAGGCGCACACUACUUAACUGCUUAAUGUCAUUCAUCCCCUAAUCAAGAGGGUUUGGUGAAGCUAGGUCUUGUGGAUAUUAUGACUCUUAGCAGUGUGGCUGAGAAGCUUUUCCAACAUUUUAACAUUGAUACCAAACAGUGGUCAUACUCACGUAUAACUGUCGCAUUAUUAGCUCAUGAAUCUUUUGGGAUUGGUUUAGCUCUGGGUUUUUGGAUAAUAUGCUAUAAAAAGCAACCAGUUAGGUGUCUCACAUCAUUUGCUCCCGUUGCCAUACAAAACAUUUAUUCAAAAGGAUUGAAUUGGUCGGCAAGAAAACUCCGUCAGUUACCUUUAUUCGUUUCUUCACAGGCAGAUCCUAAUCGGAUUCUUAUUAGUGGAGCAGAGAGUUACGUACUUCGUAAAAUAUUGUCACCUCUUACUAUUCCUGGGAAGAUAUACAUAGCCGUUCUAGUUUCCGGUAUUGUCUGCUGAGAACUGGAAGCAGUCUACUCUUUUGUACAAAGCCAUCAUUUCAUAAAAAUACAUAUGACGUUAUUUAUUCACUAAAUGACACUUGUUAAAUUAAAUGCUGGUAAUUUUUAUAUAAAUCAUUUUGCUACAUAGCUUACUUGUCUAACUCGUAUGAAGGAUAGUUCAACUGGGUUUAUGCUAGGAUAUGCAUGGCAUGAAAUAUGCAUUAUGGUGGUGCUCUACUCAUUUGUAUGAUAAGCAAAAACUAUCUAGUUAGCAUUUUAUUUCAAUAUCAUAAAUUGCGUCCUCAUCAGGUUCAUUAAAACACUUUAUCAAUAGUUGUUUGUGCAAACAUGUAAUGUUUGACCUUUGGUAGGUUUUGUCUAACCUGAAGGUACUUUGUGUACUUAGAGGGUGUGUGAGGGAGAAUCUCGAAGAGAACAAGAGAAAAAAUUACCCGACGAAUCAAUGAGCUUAUUGAUGCGUUUGUGUUUAAUGAUGAAAGCAAUCGACCGAUAAAACAGGUGUAAUAUUAAUCCGGUUUGGUGAUCGAAACUAAAAUUGGUUAGUGUUUGGUCUCGAAUAAGUUACAUAUGUCCUACUUUGAAAACUUUCUGCGAUGAAUAGAGUCAUAAAAAAUUUUUAUACAAGUAUGGCUUAAGUUAUUGAAUGUCACCGUCAACUGAGUAUGACAGUUAACAUUUCAAAUCAAAGCGCGUGAAGUAAGUUUAUAAAUGGUAGAUAACUACUAUUGACCAGGGUCCCUGAAUCUUAUGUUCAAAU